CUAUGUUUAUUCUUACAGAUGGACGGAACAAAGAAACUAAGAAUAAAGACUUUCGCUGUAAAGAGUCCACGUAAGAAAGAGAAUAAAAGACCUGCAACUUCUUAUGUUCAAUAUAGAUGCAACGUUUUCGGGUUUGCAAAUGCAAUGCAAUUGUACAAACCAAUGCUUCAACAACGCCAAGAUGUCAUCAAUCAUUUGGCCGAAACACCAUUUUGGAGUCUAAUCAAGUUCUACAUGAAUGAUGAAAUUGUUGCAACGGACAGAAAAAAGAAGUCUGAUAUGGAUCUGAUCAAGAUCAUACAAUGCUAUGAUUCCAAGCAACAACAGUUCAAAUUCGGAGAUCAUGAGCCAAAAGCAAUAACAAGUGAAGACGUCGUUGAAAUAUUUGGAUUGAACAACCAAGGGGUUGAACUACCAAAUACAGACAAAUCCACAAAGAACAUGAAGGACAGCUUUGUCAAAGCAUACUUUGCAAAGCAAAAAAUAGUGAAAAAAAAGGACAUUGUUGAAGCAUACCAAAAAUCAGUCCAAGACAAAACUCCUGAAGGGGCAAAAGCUACUGCUUCAAUUAUAUGUGUGCAUCUGCUACAAUCACUGUUAUUUGCAACAUCUGGAACUUACAUAGCGUGGAGCUUCAUAACAAUUUGUGGAGCUUUGGACCAAAUCAGCAAAUACAACUGGGCAAAAGGAGUGAGGGACUACUUGUUCAAGAGGAUUAACAAAUCGAAGAAAAAGAGGAAAAAUGGAGAAGAAUCAGCAACAACAAGCGGAUGCACUGCCCUUAUUUUGUAUUGGAUUUGUCUUCACACCAAUCUGGUGGAGACAAUAAGUGGGCGAGAAAACAUGAUUCCUGCCAUUGGAAGAUGGGACAUAACGAAAAUCCACAAAGCAAUCAGAGACAUUCGAGUUGAAGAAAUUGAGAUUGGUGGAGGUAUUCCUUGUUCUGAAGAACCAACAAAGGAGCAUUCCAACAUCAACCAAGAAGAAUGUAAUGUCAUUCAUUAUCCUCAACAAAAUAAUGAGUCUUCCAAGAAAAAGGAAAAGAAGACAACGGGAAGGAAAAAGAAGAGAACUGAAGUUGGAGCUGAAGAAGAUCAAAGCAUCACCAUCACUGAAGCUCAGUCACAGUUUGAUCAACUGUACCAAGAAGAAUUCAUGAAAUUUGAUGCAAGUUAUCAAAAGGACUUCAUCGGGAUUGAUAACACAUUAGGUGUGGAAGAUUUUGAAAAGUUUAAAAGAUGUGCGAGCAUGGAUCAAAAGAGGUAUCUAGUCCUCAGUCACAUGAUGAUAUAUGCACUCGAUAACCUACACACAAAUUCAAUUGUAAUGAAUCAAACAACUGGAGCCCUCAACAGAAACAUUGAAAAGCUUCUGCAAGAACGACUUGAGGACAAGCAGAAGAUUAGUUCAAUGAACACAGAAAUGAUACAGUUGCAAUUAAAUAACACAGCAGCUUCUAUGAAAGUAAAUAAACUUCUGGAUGAAAUUGGAAGUUUGAAGAAGAAGCUACUGGAAAAUCAAGCAAUAGUACCAGAUAUAAAUGCUUCAACCAAGGAAGAUCCAGAGGAGGAUUAACCACCUAAAGAACAUCCAGAUAAUGAUGAUCAAGUUGAAGAGCAUACACAUGAUAAGGAUAUUGCUACUGAGGAUCCAGUUCAAGA